AUGGGACUGGGGAAGACUCUGCAGGCGUUGGCGACGGGCGUGGCGAGAGUCCAGCAGAGCGGUGUCAGAGGCCACAUCUUGGUCGUAGCGCCGCUCUCCACCCUCAACAACUGGGCUACAGAGGCCGCGCGGUUCUUCCCGACCUUGCCAGUUGUCGUCUUUCACGGUUCGCGCGAGUCUCGAGACGAGAUGCUGGCGACGGAGCUACCGGCUGCCGGUUUGGUCGUCACCUCGUACGAGAUGAUCCUCGGCGACGGCCGCCGACUGGCUGCUGCCAUGGACACUGUCAUUGCCUUUUUCGACGAAGGCCAUCGGCUCAAGUCGCCGACCUCGCGUGUCGCUGCUCUGUACAACGCAGUCUUUCGGUCGUCGUCGCUAAUCCCGUCGUUCAUCCUCACCGGUACUCCGCUCCAGAACAACAUGGCUGAGCUGUACGUGCUCUUGCACUUUGUGGCCCCAUCGCAGUUUCCGCUCACCAACGUACCGUCGGCAAAGCGGACGUCAGACGAUAGCUUUGCCGCCCCGGCAGCUCUCGAUGACCAGACGCAACCCGUGGCGUCGAUGCCUGAGCUCGAUGCCUUUGCCUCACUCACCGCUGCCGAGGCCCAGGCUGCCAUUGCACCGGUUCUUCUGCGGCGAGUCCGGAGCCAGGUGCUGAGCGAACUUCCUCCAAAGACCGAGUAUGUCCUCCACACCGUGCUGACUGACAUGCAGGCGCGUUACUACCGUGCCAUCCUUGCCAAGGAUGCGUCUUCGCUGGUCGCCUCGCUCAACCCGUCACGGACAAACGCUGUCCGCGCAUCGCUCUCAUCCAAUGUAGUGAUGCAGCUCCGCAAGGCGUGCAACCACCCUUAUCUGUUUGAGGGCGCUGAGCCUGAGCCGUUCGAGGAGGGUGAACAUCUUGUGGAGAACGCAGCCAAGUUGACGCUCCUUGACAAGCUGCUCCAGGCGCUCAAGCCGCGCGGCCAUCGGGUGCUAGUUUUCUCGCAGUCGGCGCGUGUUCUCGACAUCUUGCAGGACUACCUCAACAUGCGCAAAUUCUCGUACGAGCGGCUCGAUGGCUCGGUCCGAGCCGAGGAGCGGUACCAGGCGCUGCGGGCGUUUUGCUCCGACACUUCGAACACCUUUGUUUUUCUUCUCUCUACUCGCGCUGGCGGUGUCGGCCUCAAUCUCACGCAGGCCGACACUGUUAUCUUCUACGACUCGGAUUGGAACCCACACAUGGAUCUCCAGGCCAUCGCCCGGGUCCAUCGCAUGGGCCAGACCGCACAGGUCCGAGUCUUCCGUCUUGUCGUCCGUGACACCAUCGACGAGGUCAUGGUGGCACGCGCAACACGCAAGCUCGCGCUCGCCGAGGCUGUCAUCGGCGAGACCGGCGCCGAGAACCGGCCUCCCGCGACAUCGCUGGCCCGGUUUGCUGCCCACGGAGCUGCCAAGGUCCUCGCUGCUGUCAAGGCCGACGAUGAGCCCAGUACCAUCGAAUUGGCUGGCCUUGGUGAGCAGGAGCUCGCUGCCCUUCUUGAUGCGGGACCUCAGGACGAGCUGCCGCCCGGUGCCGCCCGCAUUGCCGACGCGGCCGGAUCGUCCAGUGCUCCGGCCCCGUCGAUGUACACCUUCGAAGGCGUCGACUACGCUGGAGUGUCGACGACAUCGGCGACCGACCGCGACGCGCUGGCACAGCUGGUGGCCAACGAGGCCGCGGCCUCUGCUGGCUCCCGCCCGCGCAAGCGCACCUCUCACAAACGCAAGCGAACUCGCUCUGCACAUGCUUCAUGGGACUAUGGCGACUCGGACGAGACUUACUCGGACGAAGAGGCCGAGGCCGUGGCUGCCGCAAGGGCUCGGGCCGUGGCCAAGCGCGAAGCCGCCGCAAAGCGCACCGCUGCGCGCUGGACCAAAAUGCGCUAUGCUUCGUUCAGCUUGCUUGAGCCAACCGAGCACUCUGGCCCGCUUGAUACCACAAGCGACAGUGACGACGAGCUCGCCUCGCGUCCCGACCUCCACUUUGUUGUGGGCUCGGUCCUCGAGCCACAAGAGGUGGGCAAUGGCGGCGCCGAUGAGCCGGCCAUUGUUGUUGCUUGCUGUGACAACUCGGGCAAGUGGCCGAGUCGUGGCCUGUUCUCGCUCUUUACCCGGCUUGCGCGUGCGCCGCAGAACAUCUACUCCUGGGCUGCAAGCGCCAAAGAUCUCCAUCUUGGCGACACCUUGCUCGUGCCGCUCAACGAGGCGGCGUGGCGGGGCUCGGUUGCAACGGCCUCGGACCUAUAUCUGCAGUCACCUGUUGAGCUGCGACUGCCCGGGAUGGUGGCACGAAGUGCGGCGCUGACGACAACGUUUGGCGCGCGGCCGGUCUGGGCCGCGCUGGUUGUCGGCAUGCAAAGGCCGACGCCGUCGGCGUUGUCGCGGGCGCCAGUCCUUGUCAUGUCCGCUCUCGAACAGGCGCUUGUCAAACUCGGCCGCGCUGCCUCGCUCCUCGGCGCCACCAUCCAUACCCCGCGGGUUGGCGCCCGCCAGGCUGGCUUUAAUUGGUACGGCACCGAGCGCCUGCUACGCAAGACGCUUGUCCGCGGUGCUGGUCGGCACGUCGUGGUCUACUACUACGCGCGGCGUCGCACCGCUGGCCGACAGCCGCAGCAAAGCCGAAAGGUGAUUGCGCCGCAGGCGAGUCCCACUCCGCCGCCAAAGCUGGAGCAGCCAGGCCCAUCGACCAACUAUCUGCUUCCUGGCCUAACACGUGGCGAUGUCGUCCAUACCCGGUUUGCGACCAUGUCCGGAACGAUGCGGGCGUCGAUCGUGGUGCCUCGCGGCGAGGGGAGUGUAGUUGGAAAAAGCCCCGCCACCCUUCCGCAACCGCGCCCAGGUGGUCGCCACGUGGUGUUGGUCCCGAACGCUGCAACCCCCACAGAAAGCGACGAAGCUGUGACCUUUGCAGCCUCCCUGGAUCCACCCGGCGUGGUUGUCACCGAGGCUUGGCUGGCCUAG